GCCGUAACGUCCGCAAGCGCCAAUGUUUUUCCCUCGCUCGACGGCCCUACGCACGCUAAAUAUAGCCAAUGGGGGUAUAAACUUACGACGCCAAUAGUACGUGGAAAAGACUCCAUAGUUUCCCCAACCAUCUCUCAUGUGGACAAUAGAUGAUGACAAGCAAUUGCACCAUUCUUUGAUAAGACACGCACCCUACUGUUGGGCAAACCAUUCCGGGAGAUUUCGUGACCAGAUGCUCUUGGUGGCCCAGGACUUUCAGGCGUUCAACCCUGGUGCCGGAUGGAACAGCAAACAAAUCAGGGUGCGGAUUAGCUAUUUGUCAAAAAAAUGUGACAGAAAAAGACAAACCGUCAGACAUAAGUUGUGGGAUCGAAUUCUCUCUACGCUUGCAGAUCAAAAGGAGGUACAAGGGGAAGCACGACUCAGGAAACCCAAGACCAAGGUCUCCAGGGGCGAGGAAAGAAAGAAAGAAGUUCAUGGGAAAAAAUUCGUGGAAGCUUUAGAGAACAUUUUUGAGGGAACUUAUGAGGAGACUUUUGAGGAGACUUUUGAGAAGGUAGAUUCUGGAGAAAAGGAAAUUUACGAAAGUACAAAUGGGACCACUUUAGGUGAUGGAACAAAAGAAAGAGGAGAAAGGGGAGAAAGUGAAAUCAGUGACAAGAGUGACGAUGAUAUAAGCAAUGACAAAGAAUUCAAAAAAGGUAAAGAUAAAUACCAGCUCCUUUUCGAAAGUGAUUUCAGUACCAAAAGCAGUCCCAUAACUAUCAAGUCUUCCCACAUUCCUCCUAAGGAACAGAUCUCCCCUUAUGCUGUAUUCGAAACUAGAGACUACACCCCUCGACAGGAAGAAAGCUUGGAACUUGGUAAUGUACAUAAAUACCAAGAAAUAGCUGCUGCACCAAAUUCAGUUUCCGAGGUUUCCAAUUCAAUCCCCAAAGCAAAACAAACCGAGGGCUUCGAUACUCCCCCGACAAAGAAAACUCAUCUUUGUCCCAUGCUUUUUAGUGACCCAAUUUCCGAAUUACUCAAACGAAUGGAAGUAAUACGUGCUCAACAAGCAGAUCUGCAAGAGAAAAUGAAGGAAGCACUACGAAGGCAUAAUGUGUUGUUACACCAGAGCUCUGAAAGGCAACUGGUCUUUAUUGCGUCUUUGAAUUUACACCACACAUUAUAAAUAGCCUAGUGGAUGCCGUUUCCAUCUUAAUUGGCCAUACAUUGGAAAUUUAAGCACGACUCUCAGCUUAGUUUGUAAGCAUAAAAAUAAGGUCGUGAGACAAGGUUGUAAAUCAGAAUCUUUUGGUAGAACCAUCCAAAGUGAGCCCUUCAACCGUAUAAAUCCGUAACGGGUGGGAAAGCGUUGACUGUGGUACAUCUAUAGAUAGCACAAAUACAGGGUUAAAGCUCCACUCUUAACCCAUCGACCC